UCAUUUUUAUGCAGUUUGGCAUUGCGGGUUCAUUAUAAAUAGAUAAGGACUUGUACACUGGAAAAUGGUCGCCAUUGGUGUGUCCUUGGCCUCUACGCUAUUUGCUGCUGCUGCUUCUCCUUCAUCUUCUUCCUCGCUUUUUACGAAGUUGCGGUCUUCUCCUACUCUUCGACUUUCUUUUACUUCACUGUCGCCCUUGAAUUCUCGGAGAGGGAAGCUCAUGGCUCACACUAUUGCUCGGGCCACUCUCGGCCUCACUCUCCCUUCUAGUCUUGAGCCUGUAAAAAUAUCUUUUACCGCAAAAGAGAUUGGUGUGACGGAAUGGAAAGGAGACAUACUCGCAGUAGGUGUUACAGAGAAAGAUUUGGCAAAGGAUGAGAAUUCCAAGUUUGAGAAUCCCAUAUUGAAGGAGCUAGAUUCUCAUUUGGGUGGCCUCUUAGCUGAAGCCUCAUCCGAGGAGGAUUUCACAGGAAAGACAGGUCAAUCAACGAUUCUUAGGCUUCCUGGCCUUGGCUCGAAGAGGGUUGGCUUGAUUGGGCUUGGACAAUCUGCUUCAUGUACUGCUGCUUUCCGGGGUCUUGGUGAGGCUGUUGCAGCAGCGGCCAAGACUGCUCAAGCCAGUGACGUUGGUAUUGUUCUUGCCUCGUCAGAGGGGCUUUCUGCUGAAUCAAAGAUUAAUACAGCUUCGGCAAUAGCAACUGGAACUGUACUGGGGGUACAUGAUGAUAAUAGGUAUCGAUCAGAGUUUAAGAAAUCAUUUCUUAAAUCUGUGGAUAUUCUCGGUCUUGGUACUGGGCCUGAUCUAGAGAAAAAGCUCAAGUAUGCUGAAGAUGUUUCUUCUGCAAUUAUUUUUGGAAAAGAGCUUGUAAAUUCUCCAGCCAAUGUUCUUACUCCUGGGGCACUUGCUGAGGAAGCUUCAAAAAUUGCUGCCACUUACAGCGAUGUGCUGUCUGCAAAAAUCUUGACUGUAGAAGAAAUCAAAGAAUUGAAAAUGGGUUCCUACUUGGGUGUUGCUGCUGCUUCAGCUAAUCCCCCACAUUUUAUCCAUUUGUCCUACAAACCCUCAAGUGGACCUGUUAAAGUCAAGUUGGGGUUGGUCGGAAAAGGGCUUACAUUUGACAGUGGUGGUUACAACAUCAAGACUGGACCUGGCUGUUCCAUUGAACUCAUGAAAACUGAUAUGGGAGGUGCUGCAGCAGUUUUGGGUGCAGCAAAAGCUAUUGGUCAAAUCAAACCUCCUGGCGUAGAGGUUCAUUUCAUUGUUGCAGCUUGUGAGAAUAUGAUAAGUGGAACUGGUAUGAGACCUGGAGAUAUUAUAACAGCAUCAAAUGGAAAGACCAUUGAGGUGAAUAACACUGAUGCUGAAGGCAGACUUACACUGGCGGAUGCUUUGGUAUAUACUUGUAAUCAAGGUGUUGAGAAGGUUGUUGACCUUGCUACCUUGACUGGUGCUUGCAUUGUCGCUCUUGGACCAUCAAUCGCAGGUGUCUUUACGCCCAGUGAUGACCUGGCAAUUGAGGUACUUACUGCUUCAGAGAUCAGUGGGGAGAAAUUUUGGAGGAUGCCAUUGGAGGAGAGUUAUUGGGAGUCAAUGAAAUCAGGGAUAGCUGAUAUGGUCAACACUGGCGGUCGUCCAGGUGGUGCAAUCACUGCAGCACUCUUCUUGAAACAGUUUGUUGAUGAAAAAGUUCAAUGGAUGCACAUUGACCUUGCUGGUCCCGUCUAUAGCGACAAGAAACGCUCCGCUACAGGGUUUGGCGUUGCAACUUUGGUUGAAUGGGUUGUGAAGAACUCCUCUUAGGAGGUGGCUUUAGUAUAAGACCCAUGGCAAGGUCACACAUUUACAUGAAGAGCAAGCAGAUCAUAUUUAUGGUGUUGUUUGGCUAUUUCAUAUGUGAUUAGGUUUCUGAAUAAAAUAUGUUGCAAAAGGAAUGGAGAACCAGGAGAGAAGUGAUGAACCGGGCCAUGGUUUUAUUUGUUUUUUUUAUGUUACUCUGUGAAUUAAAACUUCUUGUAUUUGACUGGAAAGUAUCUUUAUGAAUGAUGAAAUAUCUUUUUGUUUGAUGAAA